CGAAAGAACCAGUUCAAAACAACGAUUGGUUCGCGAUUCGAACAGCACUACUUCGGCUUCCGUAGCUGAAAUGAUCCUUACUACACUUUCUUCCAGGCAUUUAUCGUUCAAUUCAUUUCCUUUCCAAAACAAACGCAUAUUUUAACGCUAGUCAGGCACAACUACACCCGGAAGGAAGGAGCAAAGGACUAAAAUACGCCCGUUCAGCUUUAGUGAAUCCGCUGUUAGGGACAUUUUAAACGUGAUAUGUCAUGGUUGAUAGUUAGCACGUACGCUAUCAGGGUAUAGCUCGUUAGCAGAGCUAAUAUCGUUUUAUUUGAAGUGUGUUUUUUUGGCAAUACAGCGGUAACGAGAUCUGCUCAAAUGUGAACAGUCGCACUUGAUGGACUGCGAUCUUCACUGCAGUUGCGGACGACCUCAUGACAGUUGUGUCGAAGUUGGAAAUACGGAAAUAACAGCAAUUUAUGGCCCACAUUAUAAUCAAUUAGCUGUAGUUCAAGUGUUAAAAUACCGAAUAUCGUCGUCUUGUUUCGAAAGGUAUUGAAGUGUAUGGCUGUGCGCGCGCCUAUCAAAAAUGGAGAUUAAUAUCUAGGUCGUGCGCGAAGAUUAGUGUUCACAGCAGGAUGUCAAAGGGAUUUUUGAGCUGAGAUAAUAACAAAAACAAAAACAUGUCAUAACGUGCAAAGUUUCGCUUUAUAAAAGAAAUCCGUGUGUCGACAUUUGCCGUACAUAAUAUAGAUGUCUGUGCAUUGGAAAAGCAGGCUGUCAAAAUCACUUUACUGAUCAAAUACUCUAGAAAUCAGACACAUCAUGUCAGGGGAAAGUAGUGGUAGUGGCGAGGACUCCGACCAAGAAACCCGCCGUAAAGUUUGCACUGUUAAACACGAGAUCACUAAUGCAAACCUCACAGGAUACACUGAGAAAGUUGGCAUGGAGAACUUUGAACUUCUCAAAGUGCUUGGCACUGGAGCUUAUGGGAAAGUGUUCCUGGUCAGAAAAAUCAGCGGCCACGAUAAAGGCAAACUCUAUGCCAUGAAGGUUCUGAAGAAAGCAGCCAUUGUUCAGAAGGCAAAGACUGCUGAGCACACUAGAACAGAGCGGCAGGUACUGGAACACAUCCGCCAGUCACCCUUUCUGGUCACCCUCCAUUACGCCUUUCAGACGCAAACCAAACUGCAUCUCAUACUAGACUAUGUGAGUGGAGGAGAGAUGUUUACUCACUUGUAUCAGAGAGAUCAUUUCUCAGAGGAUGAGGUGAGGAUCUACGUGGGAGAAAUCAUCCUAGCCCUGGAGCAUCUGCACAAGCUUGGCAUUGUGUACCGGGACAUUAAGCUGGAGAACAUCUUAUUAGACAGUGAUGGUCAUCUGGUUCUGACAGACUUUGGGCUGAGUAAGGAGUUUCUAGAAGAGGAGAAAGAGAGGACUUACUCAUUCUGUGGCACUAUAGAGUACAUGGCACCAGAAAUCAUCAGAGGAAAAGCUGGCCAUGGCAAGGCAGUGGACUGGUGGAGUUUGGGGAUUCUUAUGUUUGAGCUGUUGACGGGAGCGUCUCCGUUCACUCUGGAGGGAGAGAGAAAUUCCCAGAGUGAGGUGUCCAAGCGCAUCCUGCGCUGUGAGCCUCCAUUCCCCUCGAUCAUUGGCCCCUUGGCGCAGGAUCUACUGCGAAAGUUACUGGUGAAGGACCCUCAUAAAAGACUGGGCUCUGGUCCCAGAGGAGCCGAGGAGAUUAAGUCUCAUCCUUUCUUUAAGGGUUUAAACUGGUCCGACUUGGCUGAGAAAAAGGUUCAGAGUCCAUUCCGACCAGAACUGCGUAAUGAGUUGGAUGUGGGUAACUUUGCAGAGGAGUUUACAGGAAUGGAGCCGGUCUAUUCUCCUGCCAGCACACCACCUAGUACAGACCGUCUGUUUCAGGGCUACUCUUUUGUGGCUCCUUCUAUCUUGUUCAAUAAGAAUGUGGUGAUGGCGGAUGUUCUGGAUGCUCAUGUGAAUGUUGACAGGCCUGGUUCUGCUACAGUUCAGCGCAGUGCUAUGCUAAAGGACUCCCAGUUCUUUCACCACUAUGAGCUGUGCCUGCAGGGGGCUCCACUGGGCGAGGGUAGUUUUUCUGUCUGCAGGAAGUGCAGACACAGGCAGAGUGGCCAGGAGUAUGCUGUAAAAAUCAUCAGCAGAAGGAUGGAGGCCAUGACUCAGAAAGAGAUAGCAGCACUACGCCAGUGUGAAUCUCACCCCAACAUCGUCACGCUCCAUGAGAUCUAUACUGAUCAGUAUCACACGUAUCUGGUUAUGGAGUUGUUGCGUGGUGGAGAGCUGUUGGAGCGAAUAAGGAAAAAGAAGAUGUUUGCAGAAUGGGAGGCCAGUCAGCUGAUGAAGAGUCUGGUGUCUGCGGUCAGCUACAUGCAUGAGGCUGGAGUCGUACACCGAGACCUCAAACCAGAGAACGUGCUGUUUGCUGAUGAGUCGGAUGACUCGGUGUUGAAGGUGAUUGAUUUUGGAUUUGCGCGGUUGUUUCCAGCGGGGAGCGGCAGCGCGCCCCUGCAGACCCCCUGCUUCACCCUGCAGUAUGCCGCGCCGGAGCUCUUCCACAGCUCGGGAUAUGACCAGGCCUGCGACCUCUGGAGCCUCGGGGUGAUCCUGUACACCAUGCUCUCCGGCCAAGUUCCAUUCCAGAGUGAGAAGAAAGGAAUGACUUCAUCGCAUGCAGCUGACAUCAUGCACAAGAUCAAGGAGGGAGAUUUCUCACUGGAGGGAGAAGCCUGGAAGGGUGUGUCUGAAGAGGCCAAAGAUUUAGUGAGAGGUUUGUUAACUGUAGAUCCUGAGCGACGGCUGAAGCUCUCGGCUCUGAAAGAGAAUGCCUGGCUUCAGGGAGGUGGCGUCAUGUCCUCCACCCCUCUCUGCACCCCUGAUGUUCUGGAGUCCACCGGCCCGACUGUCCGUACCUAUGUCAAUGCCACCUACAAGGCAUUUAACCGGGGGAAACGUGAGGGCUUUUUCCUUAAAAGCGUUGACAAUGCGCCGCUUGCAAAACGUCGGAAGAUGAAAAUGACCAGUACUGGUGUGGAGACGAGACGCAGCUCAUCCUCCUCCUCAUCUUCCUCCUCUUCCUCAUCCGCUUCCCAUUCCAAGACGCAGAAUUGCCAAUCUUUGAAUCCCCACGAGGACCCCAAACUGUGACCGCUCCCGUUUGACUGAAAAGCUUUGAUGUGGUGAGAGAAUGUGUUGCAAAAGCAUUACAGGGUGAAAAAGACCUAUAAAAAAAGACUAAUCAAAAUAAUAUAACCUUGACAAAAUUCAACAUUAAUUGAAGUCUCUGCAGGAGUAAAGCCUUGUGCUGACAAGAUCAACUUGGAUUUUCAAGUCAUUUGGAGGAAAGAGGUUUUUUUUUUUUAUCAAGGUGGCUCUCUGUAAACACAAUGCCAAGGAAAUGAUCUACAUUAUCAAAUAGACACCAAUGGUGUUUCCUUUGUAAUUUCUUUUCAUCAUUUGAGACUGUAGACAUGUUAAUGAAUGUAAAAAUGUUAUAUCAUGUGGUGGGUAUCUACCCACCUUUAGAGAGAUCUUUUAACUGCAAGAGACGAUUGAAACGCGUGAAACUGAGAUCAGGGAAAGCUGAAAUAUUAGGGAAUAGUGGACAAGAAAGCCACAAGAGAGCAAAGCCAUAUGUGAGAAUUAGAGUGGACUUCUAUUUUAAUGUAUUUUAAUGAUCCACUGAGCAAAGCUUUAUGUGAAUCAUGUACAGGCUAUUUGCAUAUCACUACCUUCAGAAGUUUUCUCGAUGUUUGCAUGGCUAUAGUAUUUUGAAUGUUUUACAUUUUUUAACAGUUGACCUAUGAAGUCAGACCACACAAAGUCACCGAAGCACCAGUUAGAAAUAUGUCCUAUCCAGUAUCCACACUUUUGGGUGAAUCUCACAAAGACAUGUCAGUUGUAUUUCUCCUUGAAAUCAAAAGAAAAAAGAAAAUUAUAUUUUAAGAACAAUUAAAUAUAAAAAAUUAUUAAACCACAAGUCAUGCCUGCCAUAUUUGCCAUUACUGCAAUGUGGGGAAAAAAACCCUAAUCAAAUCAGAUUUCUUUAUUUUUAAUUCAAAUCAGCACAAAUGCAGCAAUAUAUACUUACAAUUGUACUUUAAUAAUGUGGG